AAAUGUCAAUACAAAUGUCAUUCGUUUUAACGUGAACGAAAGAUUGUUUUUGCAAUUUAUUUACAAAAUAAUUAAUGAUAUCAGUUUUUUACACUUCUCCUUUAAUGACAAGAAUUACAGUUAACCGAAUUUUUUAUAAAUCUUUUCCAGGAUAUUCCUCAACGAUUGUUGUCUAAGAAAUGAUAAAAUUCUGGAAAAGCGCAGCUAAAGGUAAAACUGGCUGCCCAGUACGCCCUCCUGAAAAUGUGGAAAACAAACAAAUUAAACUAUUGGAUAUUGGAGGAAGCUGUGACGUCGACGUAUUAUUUUCAGACAAAGCGGACAUUUUCGACAAAACAUCUAAUCUAUCAAUAGAUUUACAUGACAUACUUAUAGGGAAAACAGCAGUCAAAUAUUUUACUAUGUACAUGGAAAAUAUUGGUAAACAGUAUCUUGUCAAAUGUUGGAUGGAAUUGGAAAAUUUCAGAUUUCAAAUUGUAAAUUCUAAUAUAAAUGACAAAGAACCUCAGCGCUCAAAAAUAAGUCACACUAAAAGUUUGGAUGGUGACUCAAACAAUGUAGAAGUUGAUAAGAACUGUGAAAAAUUUAUGGUAAAAAAAUUUGGUUGGAGGGCAAGUACCAGUAGUUUAAGAAAAGCUAAUAGUGAAUGUUCAUCAAAUUCUUGUGGGAAUUUGAUUCAACAUUUAGAUAAUUGUCAUGAUUGUAAAGAUAAUAAAAUUACAAAUUUUACAGAAAAAGCGAUAGAUUUAUUUAAGAAGUAUGUGGCUUUAGAAGCACCAUAUCAAAUAGAUUUAUCAGAUGAUAUCAGAAAAACAGUUAUAUCAAAUAUAUGUCAACCUGAAGGCCAAAUAUCUGAGGAAUGUUUUAAGCCAGUUCAAGAUGCUUUGUUUGGCUUAAUAGACAAAAACUACUUCAAAGGAUUUCAAAACAGCCCUCUCUAUAUUAAAUCACAAAUAGAUAUAUUGACUAGUGGAUGUAUAAGCCUAAAAGAUAUACUUUAUAAUGAUACCAUAUUAUUUUAUUUUACUGAAUAUUUAGAACAGGAGUCUUGCAGUAACUUACUUGAAUUCCUAAUAGCCAUAAUGCAUUUCAGAGACAAUCUUAUUAGGGGUAAUACACCUCAACUUGAACAAGCUCAAGGUGAUGCUAUUGUCCUCUAUGAAAAGUAUUUUUCCCUUCAAGCUACAAACCCUAUUGGUUUCCCCACCGAAGUACGAUUAAAGGUUGAAAGUGAUAUUUGUAGUGAACCAAUAGCCACAUGUUUUGACAUGCCUUACAUCAUUGUAUAUAAAACACUUAGCCAGUAUGUCAAAACUUUUUUAGGGUCCGAAUUGUAUUAUACUUACCUGUCGGAAAUGAUUAAAUCUGUGGAUCAGACAUGGUCUUCUACCUGCAAAUCUCACUCGGAUUGCAGUAGUGAAUUUAGCAUAAGCACACAAAAUACUCUUUUGGCAACAAGUGAUCCACACUUCCGAAAAAAGCGUAACCACUCUGUACCUGAUAUGACUAUUGAUUCUAACCAACUGUACAAUGCAGAUGCACUAUGGCAAAGAAAAAAGCAUGAUGGUCUUAUUCUCGGCAGGAUCAACAGUUUAGGAAGGUUUGAAUCAAAAUUUGAACCAGACCCAGACAAAAAAGAGAAAUCAGUCUUAAAGAAAAUGGUGAGUAAAUUUGUUACAACAAACACAUCAAAGGUUGAAGAGGAAAUGGCAUGGCAAAUUGCUCACAUGAUUGUCAAAGAUGUUACUGAUUUAACUAUGUCUCCACCUGAAAACGACUGAGUGAUUUAUAUUUAAAACAUAUGUGAUAGAACUGUUUAAACUGUUUAAAAGUAUAUAUUUUGUAAAUAAUGUUAAACAUAAAUACUACUCUAAGAGAUAUAUUAAAACUUUAACUUAAG